CAUGCUCUUUCUCUGUCCUCUUGCAAUUAUUCUCCCUAAUAUAUAAUCAAAUAUGUAACCGAUACUCACCUUUCAAUGAUCUUUCUUCAAUCUGCUACAAAUUUUUUAAGACCUUUAUAGAUUACAACUAGUUUCACUUUAAGAACUCCCAAAUAAAUCCUUCUACCACUUCUUCCCUGUUAGAAACAUCUUCAAGAAUUUGAUUCACCUCACAUAAGCCAUCAUCUCAUGCCACAGAAGGGAAGACAACAGUAACUCACUUUUCGUUCACUCUCCAAUCAAACCCCUGAUGGCUAAAUCCAUGUCGAAUUUCCCUAGCUUUAACCCAGUGAAGCAUCAAAAACCACCAACUUCAAUAAUCUUCAUCAUCUUGACAACCAUCAUCAGUUCAGUGUUGUCAGAACUUUUAGUCACUGAUUGCAGCCUUGAUAUCCAAUUUUCUUCACCCGGAAACGACUCAUAUUCUGAAGCAAGCAGUUGGGGUGGAUUUCUUUACCAUAAAGGUUGUGCGGUAGCUUUUGAAGGUUACUUGUAUGCAUUGGGGAGGCAAGCUAACAAGACCGGACAAAUAUUCUCCAAUUCCACAGAGCAGAAAAAUUGCUUAGAUUCAAUGAAAAGUAUUGGUGAAGAUGGUUUGAGUUGUGGCAUCGAGAGGCUGGUCACUGGAGCCAGUGACUGCUCUGACUAUACAGUAAAGGAUGUUGAUGAUAAGCUAGGAAAAAGAUUAAGGAAAUUAGGUGAAGAUUGCCAAUCUUUGGGCUCAGAGGGCAAACCGGAUCAUCAGGAUUGCAAUGCAUGUUUAAGAUCAUGGGACGAGAUAGGUGGAUCAGGAGAUGAAAGAGCUGAUGUUUGCAGGUUUUCAGUUUUGGUAUCAUUGAUAAGCAAAAGGAUUGGUGAGAAGAAAUGGGUGCAGGAAGUUUGUAGAUGCCUCCGAAAGCAGAGCACCCCCAUGGCAAUUGGUGGACAAGAAGGGUCGGUUGAAAAAAAACUUAAGAUAAGAACAGGUCUGUAUUUUGUCAUCGGAGGUCUAGUGGGAAUUGCAGUAAUAGUACUGAUUGCAUCAUGGAUCUUAUGCAGUAGAAGGCUUAAAGAUGACUACCCAAAAGGAAAAGAUGCAUCAGAUGAUUCAGAAUCCGAGGAGUUUAGAUGUCUUAACAUAUCAAUUAAGGAAAUUUAUUCCGCCACCAACAAUCUUAGUGCAUCAAACUUCAUUGGUCAAGGCAUAGCUGGAAAAGUGUACAGAGGCAUGCUAUCAAAUGGUCAGCAUAUUGCAGUUAAGCACAUAAUCGACAAUGAGUGUGUGGAAACAUUCAUCAGGGAAGUUACAAGCUUAUCACAUGUCAGACAUCCAAACCUUGUAACUUUGCUAGGCUAUUGUGAGAAAGAAGAAGAAUGUUUCCUGGUUUAUGAACUAUGCCACAAUGGGAAUCUCUCAGAAUGGCUAUAUGGUAAAGACAAAGUUCUUUCCUGGAUCCUAAGACUGGAGAUUGCAAUUGAUUGUGCUAGAGGUCUCUGGUUUCUCCACACUUAUCCAGAAGGCUGCAUUGUUCAUCGUGACAUCAAGCCAACAAAUAUUCUCAUCAGCGCUAACUUUCACGCUAAACUCUCGGAUUUUGGGUUAUCUAAGGUUAUGGACCUGGAUCAGUCCUAUGUGAGCUCAGAAGUGAGAGGAACUUUUGGUUAUGUUGAUCCCGAGUACCAAAUAAAUCAUCACGUAAAUUCUUCGGGUGAUAUUUACAGUUUUGGCAUAGUACUACUGCAAAUUCUUUCAGGGAAGAGGGUUCUUAACCUGAAUUCGAAGAAACCAAUGCCUCUAGAUAAAAUGGCAAAAUUCCUCAUGAAGGGUCGAAAUAUAUCAGAAUUUGCUGAUCCUAAACUUAAUGGGGAAUACUCAGUGGAAGCUUUUGAACUCAUAUUGGAGCUAGCUUUGUCAUGCACAGGACUAAAGAAGCGUAGGCCAUCCAUAGAGCAAGUGGUUAUAAUACUAGAAAAGGCUCUUGAUAUCUCAAGAAGAGUGGAGCUUACUGCACCACAUUCCACACCAUACAUCGUUUAACACUAAGUAUGAACACAUUUUUAGGUUUACAAUGAAACCUACCUGGGUUUUGAUAUAUUGCAGCAGAAAACAAUUUUAUUGUCA